AUGACCGUGUCUCUUUUGAUUUCAAAUGAAUGCGACUACCUUGAUGCGCACGGCGACCAGGAUCAAGUAUUGCGGUACAAGAAAUACCAAGCUGAACGUAUGAAUGAUCCAAAACUUAGUAAAGAAUAUCCAUGGACAUUUGAAGUUGUUGAUGGGAUUUUCCAGCAAUCUGAUUCUUCCACUGAAGAUCGGACUUUUAGCUAUGUUGAAAAUAACUUUGGUCGAUUAAAGUCAUGGCAAGAGAUCUCCGACACAUUGGAUUCUCUCAAUGCGAACGCUGCUUCCAAUGUAUCAUACAAGUUGAUCUUUUGUGCCAGACAUGGCCAAGGCUAUCAUAACUAUAUUGUUGAGAAAUAUGGUUUGGAACAAUGGCAUGCCAAGUGGCAUUGUCUUGGUACUGAUGGAGAAGUUACCUAUGGACCUGAUGCUAUGCUUACCGAAUUAGGUAUGAACCAAGCUAAAGAGAAUCAUCAGGCAUGGAAGAAGGAACUUGCAUUAGGAGCUCCUAUUCCUGAUGCCUUUUAUGUAUCUCCAUUACAACGAUCAUCUUGGACAUUACAGAUGACUUGGGAUGGAUUGAGACCUCAAGAGAAGCAGCCAAUAGUCACUGAAAAUUUACGGGAAACUUUGGGUGUAAAUCUUUGUGAUAAGAGAUCAACUAGACUGGUGAUUGAAUCUAGAUUUAAACCACAUGGGUUUGUAAUUGAAGAAGGAUUUUCAGAAGAAGAUAAAUUAUGGCUUCCUGAUUAUCGAGAAGAAUAUUUCGAACAGAGUAUCCGAGUUGAUCAGUUUUUACAAUCGUUAUUUAAUCGUGAAUGGGAUGAGAAAUCGAACCUGAUUAUUAAACAGAACCAACAUAAGGUAGUUUCAACCACUUCACACGCCGGAACCAUUAGAGGAUUUAUUACUGUACUUGGUCAUCGUCCUUUUACAAUUUCCACCGGAGGCAUGAUUCCUAUAUUUGUGAAAGCCACUAGACACAUUUAA